CAUAAUCUCUCCCUUCUUCGCAGAGGAUUGUGGGUGGAAACUGGAGAAUCAAGAUGGCAGCGCCCUGCUCGAGGAUGGCGAGUCGCCCUUUAUGGCAAUUUAUUACAAAUGUCAGACGGACAGGGCUAAAACAUACAGGAGUUCGUCAAAUUUCUCUCGGUUCUGCUUGUCGAGCUGCAACUCAGACCAGAAGUAAAACGGAAAGCGUCGCGUCGCCAUGGAAGCUGUACGGGGCGGUGUGUCUCCAGAGGCUGCCUGUCAUAUCACAGGAGCGGAACCCGAUCGAAGACCAAUUCGCUGAGCUCAUGCAUCAGAUGGAGCUGGAGAGAAGCUUGCUGUCGGAUCAUGAACAGAGGCUCCUUGAGGACUCAGAACGUAUGACUCGUAAACAGGCAGACAACUAUGAUUCAGAUGAGGAGGAGGCAGACUACGGUGGCCAGGAGACCAUCACCGCUCAGGACCAGGAGGACACCUGGGAACAGAAACUCAAACACUUCCAACCUGCUCUCAGAGACAGAGAUGUAGGUGGGACACCGCUGGGCUCAGUGGAGAGGUGUCUAGGAGACAGCCUGGUCCUGCUGGUCCAGCAGACCGUCGGUAAAGAGACCAUCUGGCUGCUCCCUCAGGCCCAGUGGGAGGCAGGGGAGACUCUCCGACAGACAGCAGAGAGAGGCCUCAGCAGCCUGCCAGAGGCUGAUUUCAAGGCUACGUUCCUUGGCAACACCCCCUGUGGAGUGUACAGGUACACAUUCCCCAAAGAGGUCCGGACAGAGCGCUGCGUGGGAGCCAAGGUCUUCUUUUUCAAAGCUUUCCUGUCUGCUGGUUCAGCCAGUCAGAAAGAACCUUUCCUGUCUGCUGGUUCAGCCAGUCAGAAAGAACCUUUCCUGUCUGCUGGUUCAGCCAGUCAGAAAGAACCUUUCUUGUGGGUGAAGAAGACUGAACUGCAGGGAUACCUGAAGCCAGCUUACUUGGAGAAGGUUGACCGCUUCAUACUCAACCUGUGAUGGAGCGGAUGAGAGCUGAUGAAGAAGGUUGACUGCUUCAUACUCAACCUGUGAUGGAGCGGAUGAGAGCUGAUGGAGAAGGUUGACUGCUUCAUACUCAACCUGUGAUGGAGCGGAUGAGAGCUGAUGGAGAAGAUGUGAUGGUUACGGAUGUCUUUUUUCGAAACGUCCUCGUUGAGUCCUGGAAGUCAUAUUUCUGUCACAGCAACUGUUGUUUUCUCCUGCCCGUCCACUUGGUGUAUAAGCGAGCAUGAUUAAAGUUUAUAAUUUGUUCCAACAUAUAAA